CGAGGGUGGCGGCUCGGGGCGGUUCGUUCUGGUGAGGAGCCGCCCGGCCUGUAGCAAGCGGAGGCCCCAGUGCUCGCAGCCGGCUCGGUGCGGAGGAGCCGCCAGGGUCGCUCCUGUAUUUCCGACAUCAAGUGUCUGCCCUUGAAAGAGGCCAAGUCACCGGGCAGCGAAAAUGCCCCCCAGUAACCAGACUCGAGUUUUGCUUCUCAACGCCAUGGAAAAGCAGGAGAAGACCCUCUUCAGGCUUGAGCAAGGUUUUGAACUGCAAUUCCGACUGGGCCCAACAUUACAAGGCAAGCAUGUUACAGUGUACACUAACUACCCAGCUUCUGGAGAAGUAUUCUGUCGCUGCAAGUUCAGGGCACUGUCAUGGCACAACCCAACAGGAAGAGAAGAUGAUUCUGACAAAUAUUGUAAAGUGGAUCUCCAAAUUUCUGGAUCAUACCAGUAUUAUUUCAGUCAUGAAAAUGAGAAAAGUGGUGGAGGUUACAUAGUUGUGGAUCCUAUUUUGCGUGUUGGAGCUGAUAAUCAAGUAUUGCAUUUGGACUGUGUUACACUCCAGACAUUCCUAGCUAAGUGUCUGGGACCAUUUGAAGAAUGGGAAGAUCGUCUUAAAGUUGCAAAAGAAUCAGGUUACAACAUGAUUCAUUUUACGCCAUUGCAAAAACUUGGAUUAUCUAGAUCAUGCUACUCUCUGGCUGAUCAGUUAGAAGUAAAUCCUGACUUUUCAAGCCCAAAUAAAAAGUGUAGUUGGAGCAAUAUAGGAAACCUAGUAGAAAAAAUGAAAAAUGAGUGGAAUAUGCUUUGUAUAACGGAUGUAGUCUACAAUCAUACUGCUGCUAACAGCGAAUGGAUUAGGGUGCAUCCAGAAUGUGGUUAUAAUCUUGUAAAUUCUCCCCAUCUGAAACCAGCCUGGAUCUUAGACAGGGCUCUCUGUCAUUUAAGCUGUAGUGUGGCUGAAGGGAAAUACAGAGAUAAGGGGCUGCCUUCUUCAAUUGAAAAUGACCAUCACCUGAAUUGUAUCCGUAAAAUAAUUUGGGAGGAUAUUUAUCCCAAGAUAAAACUAUGGGAAUUUUUCCAAGUAGAUGUUAACAAAGCUGUGCACCAAUUUAAAACCCUUGUGACUCAAGGUAACAGGAAAACUAAAUCUGAUCCAAACCAACAUCUUCAAAUAAUACAGGAUCCUGAAUAUAAGCGACUUGGCUGUACUGUAGACAUGAAUAUCGCUUUGGCAACAUUCGUACCACAUAGCAAUGGGCCAGCUGCAAUAGAAGAAUGCUGUAACUGGUUCCAAAAGAGAAUUGAAGAAUUGAAUGCUGAGCAGUUCCAGCAAACUACCUACCAUCAAGAGCAGGCAGUCACUUGUCUUCUGGAGACUGUGGUUUAUGAGAGACUGGCUGACCAUGGUCCUAAACAGGGUCCUGUUAGUAGAAAAUACCCUUUAGUUGCCAGAUACUUUACUUACCCAUUUAAAGAGAUGACCUUGGAAGAGGAAGAACUUCUGAUGUAUCAGCCUGAUAAAGCUUGUCAUUUCUUGGCUCAUAACGGUUGGGUAAUGGGAGAUGAUCCUCUGAGAAACUUUGCUGAACCAGGUUCAAAUGUUUACCUAAGAAGAGAACUUAUUUGCUGGGGAGACAGUGUCAAACUGCGCUAUGGAAAUAAACCAGAAGACUGCCCUUAUCUGUGGGCGCAUAUGAAAAAAUACACUGAAAUUACUGCCAAAUAUUUCCAUGGAAUACGUCUUGACAACUGUCACUCAACCCCUCUUCAUGUAGCUGAGGCGAUGCUAGCAGCAGCCAGGUCAGUCAGACCUAAUCUGUAUGUGAUAGCUGAACUCUUCACGGGCAGUGAGCACAUUGACAAUGUCUUUGUCAACCGCUUGGGAAUUACCAGUCUUAUUAGAGAGGCUAUGAGUGCAUAUAACAGUCAUGAAGAGGGAAGAUUAGUUUACCGCUUUGGAGGAGAACCAGUUGGGUCUUUUGUUCAGCCGCGUUUGAGACCUUUAAUGCCAGCUAUUGCACAUGCAUUGUUUAUGGAUGUUACACAUGAUAAUGAAUGUCCUAUUCAGCACCGAUCUGAGUAUGAUGCUCUUCCCAGCUCAAUGAUUGUGUCCAUGGCAUGCUGUGCUACAGGAAGCACCAAAGGCUAUGAUGAGCUAGUACCACACCAGAUUUCUGUAGUCUCUGAAGAGAGGUUUUAUACUAAAUGGAAUCCAGCAGCGACACCCUCUACUCCUGGUGAAGUUAAUUUCCAAACUGGAAUUAUAGCAGGGAGGCUGGCCAUGAACAGGCUGCACCAAGAGCUGGGAGCCCAAGGCUUCAUUCAGGUGUAUGUGGAUCAAGUUGAUGAAGAUAUAGUAGCAGUGACUAGGCAUUGUCCUAACACACACCAAUCUGUAGUGGCUGUGUCUCGUACUGCUUUCAGAGAUCCUAAAACUUCUUCCUACAGCAAAGAAGUACCUCAAAUGUGCAUCCCAGGCAAAAUUGAAGAGGUAGUGCUUGAGGCUAGAACUAUUGAGAGAAAUGUUAGUCCUUAUAAAAAAGAUGAGCAUUUUAUCAACGGAUUACCUAAUUACACAGUAGAGAUCAGAGAACACAUCCAGAUUCGAGAAAGUAAAAUUAUAAAGCAAGCUGGAACUGCCAUAAAAGGUCGCAAUGAAUUUGUUCAAGAAAUAGAAUUUGAAAACUUAACACCAGGAAGUGUGAUAGUAUUCAGAGUUAGUCUCGACCCAAAGGCACAAGAGGCUGUCGGUGUGCUCCGUAAUCACCUGAUCCAAUUCAGUCCUCAUUUUAAAGCUGGAAGUCUUCCCGAUGACUGUUCAGCGCCUAUAUUAAAAAAUCUUUUUUCUUCUAUUGCAUCUAAAUUAACGUUGGCUGAUUUGAAUCAAGUACUGUAUCGGUGUGAUGCUGAGGAACAAGAGGAUGGUGGAGGAUGUUACAACAUACCAAACUGGUCACCCCUUAAAUAUGCUGGCUUGCAAGGAUUUAUGUCAGUCAUGGCAGACAUUAGACCAAAGAAUGAUUUGGGUCAUCCUUUUUGUGGUAAUUUGAGAUCUGGGGAUUGGAUGAUUGACUACGUCAGUGACCGUCUAAUUUCACGUGCAGGAACCUGUGCAGAAGUCGGUAAAUGGUUGAAGGCCAUGUUCGUCUACCUAAAGCAGAUUCCACGUUACCUUAUCCCAUGUUACUUUGAUGCCAUAUUAGUGGGUGCAUACACAACUCUUCUAGAUCUGGCAUGGAGUCAGAUGUCUAGCUUUGUUCAGAAUGGAUCAACAUUUGUUAAACACCUUUCCUUGGGUUCAGUCCAGAUGUGUGGGAUAGGAAAAUAUCCUUCUCUGCCAAAUCUGUCUCCUACUUUACAUGAUGUCCCCUACAGAAUGAAUGAAAUCACAAAAGAGAAAGAACAGUGCUGUGUUUCCUUAGCAGCUGGUUUACCACAUUUUUCAUCUGGCAUUUUCCGCUGCUGGGGAAGGGAUACCUUUAUUGCACUGAGAGGUCUAAUGUUGAUUACUGGGCGUUAUUUAGAAGCAAGGAACAUAAUUUUAGCAUUUGCUAGUACCAUGAGACAUGGUCUUAUUCCCAAUCUGCUUGGCCAAGGGACCCAUGCCAGAUUCAAUUGCCGUGAUGCUGUGUGGUGGUGGCUUCAGUGUAUACAGGAUUACUGUAAAAUUGUUCCAAAUGGCACAGACAUUCUCAAGUGUCCUGUUUCCAGAAUGUAUCCUACAGAUGAUUCUCCUGCUCAGCCUGCAGGCACAUUGGACCAACCACUGUAUGAAGUAAUACAGGAAGUUAUGCAACAACACAUGCAAGGCAUAGAAUUCCGAGAAAGGAAUGCUGGUCCACAGUUAGAUCGAAAUAUGAGGGAUGAAGGUUUUAAUGUGACUGUAGGUGUCGACCAUGAAACUGGUUUUGUCUUUGGAGGGAACCGCUUUAAUUGUGGCACGUGGAUGGAUAAAAUGGGAGAGAGUGAUAGAGCUCGCAACAAAGGAAUUCCAGCUACUCCAAGAGAUGGAUCUGCUGUGGAAAUUGUUGGCCUUUGUAAAUCAACUAUUCGUUGGCUGCUGGAGUUGUCAAAGAAAAAAGUGUUUCCUUAUCAGGGAGUCACCAUAAAAAGGCAUGGAAAAAAAGAAACCAUCACAUAUGAUGAGUGGAACGGGAAGAUUCAAGGACACUUUGAAAAGCUGUUCUUUGUCUCUGAGAACCCAACAGAUCCUAAUGAAAAACAUCCAAAUCUGGUUCACAAGCGUGGCAUAUACAAGGACAGCUGUGGAGCUUCAAGUCCCUGGUGUGAUUACCAGCUCCGGCCAAAUUUUACUAUAGCAAUGGUUGUGGCCCCUGAGAUAUUCAGUCCUGAGAGAGCUUGGAAAGCUCUUGAGAUAGCAGAGGAAAAGCUGCUUGGUCCACUGGGCAUGAAAACAUUGGAUCCAGAUGAUAUGGUUUACUGUGGAGUAUAUGAUAAUGCCCUGGACAGUGACAACUACAAUGUUGCCAAAGGUUUUAAUUACCAUCAAGGACCUGAAUGGCUCUGGCCUAUUGGAUAUUUUCUUCGUGCAAAGUUGUACUUUUCCAGGUUAAUUGGUCCAGAGAUGUAUGCAAAGACGGUGGUUUUGAUUAAGAAUGUUCUCUCUCACCAUUAUGUUCAUCUUGAGAGGUCAUCCUGGAAGGGGCUUCCAGAGCUGACAAAUGAAAACGGGCAAUAUUGUCCAUUCAGCUGUGAAUCACAAGCCUGGUCAAUUGCUGUUAUCCUUGAAGUUCUUUAUGACUUGUAAAAGUUGGCUUUGAUUACUUGGUAAAAUUUGCUAUGUACUUGUAUUCAGAAGGUACAAAUGAACAGUUUGCUCAUACUGUAGUGAAAAUGUUUCACACAGUCACUUAAAUAACUAUGGUCUGAUUUUUUCCAAAGGUGCUUAGUGUCUGUAUCUCCCAUUCACAGAAGAGGUAUUUAAGAGUGCUGCUCAGCACUUCUGAAAAUCAAGCCAUUAGUAUGAAUAUAUAUACACUUGUUACAGAAAAGCUUAUAAAGCAGCAACUUGGAAAAUGUACGCAAAUGCAUUUAAAAUAGCUUUUGAAUUGUACACAUACUAAAUUAAACUAUUUCCUGUAUAACAAGAUGAUAGAAGAAUUGUCUGGUUCCACAUUAGGAUAUGAAUGCCAAGUGGUUCUAAAAAUCUGAGUUAGAACUCAUGGAGUUCUCUUUUCCAUAUUUUCUGUUAGUCAGUAGAUGCUGCGCACGCUCAUCAUGGAGGAGAAUACAUUGUACAGGUAUAGGUAGUAUGAUGUGUUUUCUGCUGCAGUCGUGCGUUUCAUAGAUUGCACUUUCAUUAGUGUUUUGUCCCUUUGUGAUGAACUGUGUAGCUUUUCCUAACAAUUUCUUCUCUUCCAUGUUCAACUGAACACUCCAUUAAAAAAAUAAAGUUUUCACUCUUUACAGAUAA